AAGCAAUUGAAUGGACUUCCUAGAGACAGCCAAAUGUCUAUAUAAGAUAAUUAAGUGGACUGACGGUGCUUUGAUGCAUACGUACUUCUUUGCUUUCAGACAGCAUCUUUCAUAACCCGGAGCAAGACCGAACUGACACCAUGGGUGACGUAUUCCUAGGCUUUAGGCCGAGGCCUAGCGACAUAUUAAUAGCUAUCAUGGGCAUGACCGGGUCUGGAAAGAGCACUUUCAUCUCGUUGUGCACUGGACAAGAUGUUCCUGUUGGUCACGAAUUGCAAGCUUGUACACAACAUGUCACUGCAUAUCAAUGCAAAUGGUCAGAUACCUCUGACAUAUACCUUCUCGAUACUCCGGGGUUUGAUGACACGAAUCGAUCAGACACAGAAGUUCUCAAAGAGAUCGCUUUAUGUCUCACCAAGACGUAUGAAGACAACAUCAAACUAAGCGGGAUCCUAUAUCUCCAUAGGAUCACAGAUCGUCGUAUGGGCGGGUCUGCCAAAAAGAACCUUAUGAUGUUCCGGAAGCUCUGUGGUAAGGAUAGUCUCAAGAACGUCAUUCUCGUCACUACGAUGUGGGAGGAUGAGCAGCCAGCAACAGGAGAAAAGCGAGAGCAAGAGCUCAUCGCUACAGACGGCUUCUGGGGAGCCUUGGUGGAAGAAGGCGCUCAAAUCAAUCGCCAUAAUAAUACCCGGGCAUCCGCCAUGUCCCUCCUCAGAACGAUUGCCAAAAACAAUCGGGUCACCAUUUCCAUCCAGAAGGAAAUGGUCAGUGAGCACAAAGACUUGAACGAGACCGAAGCUGGUAUUGGUCUUAACACAGACAUCCUCCUGGCUGAACAGAGGGUCAUGAGGGAGAUGUCAGAAGCCCUGGAAAUGGAAAGACAGGCCAGAAAGGACCAGGACGAAAGGUCAGCCGAAGAACAACGUCAAUACCGUGAGAAGAUGCAGAAGAAGUUUGAUCACCUUAAUCAAGAACGAGAGAAUCUCAAAGUCAGCCUGGAAGAGAUGAAGGAACAGAAACGUCGAUUCAAAGUACUGGAGGGAAAGUAUCAGGAAAGCCAAGAGCGGAUGCGCCAGCAAGACAAGAAGAUCGAGACCUUGGAAGAGCAACGCAAGCUCCGAGAAAAAGAGAUGCUUCAGCGAACCGAAGAGGCCAGCAGGGAACUGAAGAGUCUCCGCCUCCAACUAAGCGAAAGAGGCAACGCUAGAAUGGGGAUCUCGAGUAUGAGACCUCGAAGCUCAGGGUCUUAUUACGUAACGGGCUCCAAGGAUGUUGUCUUGUUCCUCUCAGGAAGGGACUUCUUUUUUGGAGGCAGAAGCGGAAAUCAUCACCGCUACAGCAACGAUCUCAAACGAUUGAGGGAUGAAAACGACAAACGUAGAAUUUGUGCGCUUGGUGCCAAUGGAUCAUGGCUCUAUCACUAUCAUACUGGAAGUGACCUUAACUGCUGGACAUGUUGGUCCGAUUCAUUGGCGACCGAGUAUCCCAAGCUCGUUGCGUGGCUCGAUAAGCACCAGAAAUUUGGAUGUCCCCGACACAUUAGUUUAGGCGCCGAUGGGUUCUUCUAUAUCGCCAUGUUGGAUAAUUCGGUUCACUGGCGCAUACCAAAGUCUGUGUCCGAAGAGAUUACCGAAUAUACUGGUGAAAGGAACAUAAGGUCCAUCCAAAGACUUUGGCUUGGCUACAAUCACGAUUACGUGGCGGAGAUUGAUGACGAUGAUUAUCUCUACAGCAUCGAUAAUUACGGCAGCCUAGAAGGUCUUAUGGACGAUGUAGAUAACGAAGGGGCAACAAUCAAGGUUUGUGCAUCCCCUCAGUCUAGACCCCAUUUACUGACUUGGAUUAAAGCAACUUGCUAUGAACAUUGAAGAUUCUAGAGGGUACAUCUUGAUUAAGGAGGGAGGAGCAGUAUUUUGGAAUAUUGGAAGUAGUGGCAACCAAUUCGACGAGCCAAGAUGGCAAAGAUUCAGAAAUGACAACGAGGAUACUUGGUAGGGUUACAUGGAGGUAGAUACUAUAGGGGCAGUUGGAAGCCACAAGAACCAAGGGCUGCCAAGACAUGUACAGUAAUAAAAGCUGCUGUGAUACAAGAGAGAUCCUGGUCCUCACAAUUCUAUCUAACCCAAUUCGUAUGAAGGUCCCUGGUGUUAAAUGAGUAGUACAUACUUGCCGCCCAGCACCUUCAGGGAAAAUAACAACAAAAAGC